UUUUAAGUAAAAACACAAAACCCGCCAAACACGUACCACACAAACAUGAAAAUGAUAUGUAAUUCCCCGCACCUCAUUUCGAUGGAGACGAUCUAGUUUUGUUUGGAUUCGUGUUUCGUAAAGUGAGGAUCUUUGGUUUGCAGAUGAUUGGACCCAAUGGUAAAAGUGAAACUUAGUUCACUGUUCUCAGCUAGCUAAAGCAACCAGCUAAUGAGUGGGGCUUACUUUCUGGGAAAACUCAGCGUUUUUUCCGGAGAGAAUUGAAGAUAUUUAAGUUUUAUGAAGACCCUUUAAGGAGGUCUUUGUAGGUGUAUAGUUAGGUUCUGCUACUAGGCUGGUGGGAAAUGGCAGAGAGGGAGAUGGUGAUGGAGGGAAUAAUUAGAAGGGAUCAUUAUCAUGGGAAGAAGAAUGUUGGUGGUGGUGGUGAAGAUGAAAGCGAUGGCGGCAGCGUUGAGGAAUUGAUGGGAGUGAUUGAGACCGUUGGAUCGUAUUCGGGGUUUCGAAGAGCUCACAGGAAGGAGUGCUUGAGCUUGGUGAGAAGGUUGAAGCUAUUGCUGCCUCUAUUGGAGGAAAUAAGGGAGUUGGAGUACUACUCCAAUCAGGCUUUGAGCUCUUUGUCUAAUUUGAAGAAGGCACUUGCUUCUGCCAAGAAGUUGCUCAAGAAUUGUAGCUGUGGGAGUAAGAUAUACUUGACUCUGGAAAGUGAGGCAAUGAUGGGAAGGUUUCAUGAUGUUUAUGAUAAACUAAGCCAGGCUUUGGAUCAUUUCCCUUAUGUUGAGCUUGGGAUCUCAAUUGAAGUCAAAGAGCAAGUUCAACUAAUGCGAAUGCAACUCAAACGAGCAAAGAAACGGGCAGAUACACAGGAUAUAGAGCUGGCAAUGGACCUGAUGGUUGUGUUCUCUAAGAAAAAUGAUGACAGGAAUGCAGAUAAAGCGAUACUUGAAAGACUAGCCAACAAGUUGGAACUACACACUAUUGCAGACUUGAAAGAGGAAACAAUAGCUGUUAGAAAGCUAGCUAAAAGGAGAUCAGCAAGGCAGAAUGCUGAAAGCAUUCAACAGGUCACUGAUCUUUUGGGAAGGUUUAAAGAAAAUGCAGGGAUAUAUGAGGACUUCUUGCUCGAUGGUCCUGUUUCCACGAGAAAUCUGAGGCAGUGUCGGUCUUUGUUGAUCCCCAAUGAGUUUCUAUGCCCGAUUACGUUGGAGAUUAUGACUGAUCCUGUUAUUGUUGCAACUGGACAGACAUAUGAAAGAGCAAGCAUACAAAAGUGGCUGGGUUCCAAUCACCACACCUGCCCAAAGACGGGGCAAACAUUGGAUCAUGUAUCGCUAGCACCAAAUUUUGCUCUCAAGAAUCUAAUCCAGCAAUGGUGUGAGAAGAAUCAUUUUGAGCUGCCCAAGAAGGAUUCUAAUGCAUUUUCUGAUGGCUCUACUGCUGAAAUUUUAGAGGAAAUAUCUUCCUUAGUGUAUGAUCUAUCUUCAUGUCAGCUGGAUGUUUUAAAAGAAGCCAUUUUUAAGAUUCGAAUGCUCUCUAAAGAGAAUCCCGAGAAUAGAGUUCUGAUAGCUAAGGGUGGAGGGAUUCCCCAGUUGAUUAAGCUCUUGUCACAUCCAGAUUCCAAGAUUCAAGAACACACAGUGACAGCUCUUCUAAAUUUAUCGAUUGAUGAGACCAACAAAAGACUCAUAGCAGGGAAAGAGUCUAUUCGUGCUAUAAUUGAGAUCUUGCAGCAUGGAACAGAUGAAGCUAGAGAGAAUUCUGCUGCUGCAUUGUUCAGCUUAUCAAUGCUCCAUGAGAACAAAGUACUUGUUGGGACUUUGAAUGGAAUUCCUCCUUUGGUAGAUCUUUUGCAGAAUGGAACAACCAGAGGUAGAAAGGAUGCUGCCACUGCAUUAUUUAACUUGUCUUUGAACCAAGCCAACAAGUCUAGGGCCAUUGACGCAGGUCUAAUACCACCCUUGAUUCAUCUACUUGAGGAUAAGAACUUGGGCAUGACUGAUGAAGCCCUCUCAAUUUUGUUACUCCUUGCAUCACAUCCUGAGGGUCGAAACGAGAUUGGGAGAUUAUCUUUCAUUGAAACUCUGGUUGGAAUUAUCAAGAGUGGAACCCCCAAGAACAAGGAAUGUGCUACAUCGGUUCUUCUAGAGCUCGGAUUGAACAAUUCGUCUUUCACUUUGGCUGCACUUCAGUAUGGUGUGUAUGAGCAUCUGGUGGAGGUGGCUAGAUGUGGAACCAACAGAGCUCAAAGGAAAGCAAACUCCCUUUUGCAGCAUAUGAGUAAAUGUGAGCACAUUCCUUAACAUGUGAAACAAACACUCACUGUGAUUCUUUAUUCUUGAGUGAUCUCUAAAUUGAGCUUUUCUUCAAAGUUUGUCUCAAUAUAUGUAGUAUAGAACUAUACUGUAUUGUGUUAUAACCUAUAAGAAUUGUUGAUUGUAGCAAGUGAAAGAAGCAAUCUUUACAGGAAGAUUCCUAGACUCU